AAACUCUUCGUCAUUGGUUGACGCGUUCGCGGUGUACAUGUCGAAGAGAAAACGAAGAUUGUAGAUGGCGAGAGAACAAGAAUAGAAAAAGAGUGAAGCAUUCAAUGGCGUCUGUUAAAAUGCGUGUGAACGAGUUUCCGGUCAUUCUUAGUGUACGAGAAUACUUGAAAAAUGUCGUUGAAGAGUAAAUAAUUUCGAAAAAAAAGAAAUGACAAGUGUGUUAUAAACAAGUCGGUUACGAAUUAUAAGAGUUUUUCCAUUUAUCUGUUUGAUGCAAACAAUCUAGUUGUAGACCACGCUUUGAGCGUCUGUAGGGGAUAAAGAGAAGAUAAGGCUAUUAUCUUUUAGUUGGAAGAACGUCAACUACCCGGUAUUUUCGGGAGAUGAGGGAGAGACGUGAGAUGAGCGUUUCUUUGUUUUCUGGUUCGCGCGGAUUCUCAAUCCGCCGCCUAGACAACUACUACCCAUGAUAUAUAAACCAGUAAAAAUAUGGCCGGUAGAGGGGUUAAAAAAUCACGCUGGUGGUGCAACCGACGUCUAGUGACGUGCUAGUUACUAAUCUGCUUCGGCGAGUUUCUCAUUUAUCUUUCGGCUAACCGAUUCGAAAACAAGAGUUUUAUUUUUAAUUCGAAAAAUUUCAGUGGGAAAGUUUCCGAGUUGAAAAUCCCAAGUACGAGAGUGAGACCACGCUACACAGAACCGGCUUUUUCUCGCUAUGCUUGAGGGGAUAUUCGACUUGGUUCUUUUUUGACCACCCCACGCUUCACUCAUUGAGUAUACCGACCUAGGAAUGGAGAGAAGGAAGGGGAAAAAUGGACUCUCCAAGCAGAGCCAUCUGGGUAGCAGCGUGGCUAGCCCAGCGCAUAUAAUAUAUCGACACGGCUAUAUGUUCUCUUUGGAGAGCCGAGUUUUUUAAGGUACCUUUUUCCAACCCCACCCUACCACCCCCUCUACCCCCCUCUCUCCCCAUAAUGAAAAGAGUGGAAUGGGCGGAGUUUAUCCAGCUGGAGCGCUGGUAUACAACAGGGGUCUUGUGAUUCGAUCUAGACGCCACGAAAUGCAAAAGGGACGCGCUUUGCCACCGAAAACCCGAGGCUAAGGACAACCCCCCCGCUAGAGGCCGAUACAAGGCGAUGCAAGUCACCAAAGACUUGGGGCCCCACCAGUGUGCUCUACACCGUCCCGUCUAUAACACCUCGAAAGCAGAGACUCUUGCGAACGCGCCAAACUUCCUUUUUUAAGGCACUCUCCAUCUUCUCUUAGUCUUUUUUAAAAUAAUUUUUCGAACCGGUCGAGCAAAAUCCACUCGAUUUCGUCUCACUUAAAUAUUCACGCUCAACCAACCAACAACAACACACCUCCAAACAAAAUGAGUUCCAAGGAAGCAACGAAGGAAGUUGAAGCCGACGAAGUCAUCGCCGCCGACGCCAAGAAAGAUGCAGUCAAAGGCACAAAACGGCCAGCAGAAGAUAAAAAUGACGACAUUAAGAAAUUAAAGAAAUCCGAAGAAAACGGUGAUGAUGAAGAGGCCGAAGAUGAAGAAGAGGCUGAAGGAGAGGAAGAUGAGGAGGAGGAAGACCUGCCCGAAGGUGAAGAAGACUUCGAUGAAGAGGGUGAAGGCGAAGGAGAAGGCGACGACGAUGAUGAAGGAGAAGGAGACGACGAUGAUGAUGAUGCGUAAAAAUGUGAGACAGGAAAAAAAAAUAUUAUUUUUUUUUUUUGGCUUCGGUCAGGGUCCACACACUUUUUGCGCAUGCGUUACGUCGCUCAGCGGGAAAGCAGCCGGCACCGGUCGGAAUUUUUUUUGUGAAUUUUGAUUUCAUCUCUCUCUGUCUCUUAUACACUCCCCUGAUUCAUGAUACCUUUUAUUCCCACCCUUUAUUUCGCCUCCCAAUUUUUUUUAAACCGAGACACACACACGAAAAAAACAAACACCUCAUAAUGUACGAAAAAGACUUAUCAGAGCAGCCGCCCCUCCAUCUUCUUUAUUAUGAUUAUGUCAUGUGUGUGUGUGUGUGAACGUGAGCGCGCGAGCCCAACGCCAUCUCUCUUUUUUCUCCCUCUAAAAAAAUUUUUCGGUCGCCCUGUCAUUUUGUAUGAACGUUUUUCAGUUUGACUAUGGAAACAAAAUCACUCACAAGACACUACCCACCACAACAAAAACCACAUACAACAUUACCACCAUCCCUGAUCUGUCCAGCCCCUACCCCUCCCUCCCCCCACCCCCCUUAUUUACUUGGCGGGAGAUUUUUGAAUUAAAAGAGGAAGAAGAAAAAUUUUGAUCGGUGCCGUGUCUUUUUUUUUUAAUAAUUUUUAUUUAAUACCUUUUUACAAAAGUAGGGAGACAACCUGAUAGAUAAACACGAAAUAAUUCAUUCUACAUAAGGAAUAGCAAAAAAAAAUGAACGUAUUGUCUCUUUAAGUUAACCGUACAAUUUUUAUGGCAUCAUAGAGAUAACAAAAACCAGCGAUCCCAAAAAAAAAACUACUUUUUGAUUUUCGGUAGAUUAUUUUACUAUCGACUUACUUUUUUGACAUUUAAAGAAAAAUUGCUGAGCGCUCAGGAUCAUUAUCAUCUCCUCGCCCACCAUCUCCUCAUUACCUUUUAAUCACCACCGCCGUUAUCGUCCGUUUUAUUAUUAUUUUUUAAAAAAGUUUCAUACCUCGCCACCAACUUCUGGCCCAAACUCACGAUGUCAAUUUGAAAAUAAUAAUAAUAAAAAACAAAAGAUAAAAGAUAUGUUACGUCAUGAUGAAAAGUGAAUCAGACAAUUUCAGGGGGACUACUUGUGUAACAUGCUCUGCUACACGUAGUCCAGUUGGGAUUUUACAUUUGACAGGAAACACGCUGGGAUGAUUAAAAUUGAUGAGAAAGUUAAGAUGUGAUGUCUAACUAUCGACUCGUUUGUUACUGUGUGUGCAGGUCGUACGAAAGAAGACGAACGUGAGACGACAAACCCGUUGUUCUUUUUCUUUUGUUUCUUUUUAAUUUGAUUUUGGCGAAAGAUGAUUUCCCCUCCUCUCCACACAACUCACGAUUUUUCUUUAAUUAUUCACCACCACACCUCAUCAUCGGAUUUAUCGACACAUUUUCUUCGCUGUAUGCCCGAGGACAAAAAAUAAGAAAUUGUGUAAUUCCCCCCCAUACAAAAACCCAAUAGAUGGUUCUCUUCGUU